GUUUUCUAAUCAUUAUUUUCAGUGUGAACCGGUCAUGACACCCAUCAGCAUCAAAGUCAUACAUCUUCAUCUGCUUUGCAGCUGGGGCCUUGCGGUCCUUGCUACUGGCACUGGUGACUACCACAGCCAACGGAAAGAUGAAGACAUGCGGAAGGUUCUUCCUUCCCUACACGCCAGCGCAGCAAACGAGAUCCGGAUGGUGAAUGGUGGAAAAUUCGCAGUGCCUCUCGGUCUAAAUGUGUCAGCCUUCGGCCAGCUACCCACAAAGCCCAAGACCAUAGAAAAGAAGAAAAAGCAGAAAAACUCCUUGUUCCACAAAUUCGUCAACACAGAGAUGGUGCUCGCGUAUCCUUACGAGGGUCCUGGAUGUCACGAGCAUUUGGAGCUAUUGAGAAAGCAAUUGGCCGAAGACAGGGCCAAAGUGGACAAAAUCAACAAGAAGACGGAACAAAUCGUCAGGAAAUUGAUGGAAGAACACGGAAUUCCACAAGCUAAUAGUACUAGUUCCACAGUCAACACUACCACCAGCAGAGAUUUACCCACUACAGAGAACCCUUCUCGUGUAAUGCAAGCACUUAUGCGCAUUUGAGCUGGGCAAAUGCGAGUUAAGAUGAUGGAAAAUGCAACAAGAAACGCAGUGAGUUACUAUGAAGUUCAUUAUUUUCCAUGAAAAAAUUCAUUCCACACCGCA